AUGGCUGAACAAAGAUAAAAUUUUAGAAAAUAGCUAGUUCCUGUUAAUCCUUUGCAAGACAUUAAAUUGAACGCAGCUCCUUUGUAGGAAUUAGUAGAUUUCAUUUAUGGUUUCUUAAAAUAGAUCAUCUACGAAAAUAAAUCUAUUGAAAUUGAAGGCAAAUUAGGUAGAUUUAAAUCAAGAAGUACUCAAAGGGAAACAUUUUUCUAGGAUGAAUUAAGGCUGGAUACAAUCAAUAGGAUAUCAAAAUCUAAUCUAGUUCUAAUGAGACCAUUUUAAGAGUUUUAAUUUGAAAGUUGUGUUUAGGUAAAAGAUUAAUAAAACUAGAUCAAAUAUUAUGACUUGCUAAAUGAAAUUUCAAAGUCCAAUAAAGAGUAAAAGGGUGAUAGCAAUAAUUGUUAAUAAAAAAAAUGGUUUGAGAAAAAAUGUGCAAUUAAAGAAAUUAUUGAUUUAAACACCUUUUAUUGCUGUCAGAAUGAUAUAGAAGUAGAUUUUUCCUUUGAAGAUGGAACAAGACUUAAAGUUCCAUUAAAAGUCGAUGAACCAAUUGUAUUAGAUAAAAAAAACAGAGAUUUAUCUAACAACAUAGAUUUUGUGUUCAAUGAUAAGCAUUAUAGAAUCAGUGCUAGAGAGGAAGAUGUAAUUAACGAUGUAAAUGAAAUUAACAAAAAAAAACUAGAAGUUAGAGAGGGCAAAUAUUAAAGUGUUCGUAUGAAAUAUCGUAAAGCAUAUAGAUACCUCUUUAUGGAAUAUGCAUUUACAAGAGUAUUUUAAUUUUCAAACUAUUCUAAAAAAAAAGUUAUUGAGGGUGAUCAGUAGUUUAUUCAUUAAACUUAUGAAGAAUUUAAUGAAGAAGUUGGUUCAAAAAUUUUAAAUAGAAAAUAAUUCAGCAAAAAUGCUUUAAAAUUUUUCUAAAAAUCUUUUUCAGUUAACUUUGCUAUGUUGACAAAGUUUGAAUCAGAAAUAGAAAUUAAAGAUGUCAAAAAUUAUUUUAAGAAUGAAUUUGAUACUGAUAACCAUGGUAUGAUUUAGAGUCAUAUUAGAUCUUUUAUUAGAAACAUCAUUUAUCUAAAUAGUAUUUCUGAUUUCUUUGUAAGUGUGUAUGAAAAGCAACUUUUAGAAUUGAAGAAACAGAAAAAUAUUGAAUCACCCAAUUAUUAUUAUGAUGGAAUAUUAGGAUAAUAUCUUGAUUCCCAUUUAUUUCAAACAGAUUGA